AUGGGGAUCCCCCGCGACAGCCUCAAACUCGCGCAGAGCGCGCUGAAGGGGAAACCAGCGGAGCGAAGCUGCAGCCCUGCCGUUGUUAAGUGCACAGCGCGGGUAGCAAUAUAUAAGAAGCACAAGGGCCUAUUCAAAGCUGCAGAGAAGGAGAUCAAAAGGGAAGGGAGACAUUUGGGGGAGCUCCUCUUCAAGAAGAAGCUGCACCUUUUAAGUGAAAAGGACAUUGGCAAAAUUUUGAAGAAGGUGAUAAAGGGAAGAAUUAAAAAUGAAUUCGUCUGGGACGACUUGCGGAGAAAGCUAAACAUAAGGAGCGCCGCCCUCCUCAGCUUCCUCUUCGCCUACCUAAGGGACUCCCACCGUAGCAUGGAGCCUCGUCAGUUUUUGCAAAUAUUCCUCGUCUUGGUGAAGCAUACAUUUCGAGAUGUGUCUGCAGUGCACUGGGGGGCAUCUUCCCCAGGUGGUGGCAAGUGGGAGCAAAUAACCCGCGCGGAGAAGAACCUCCUGCACGUGUUGACUCUACACUGUGCGGAGAGCAUCAACCUAUUUACACUGAAUGACGUCGCCAUGACGUGCGAAGCCCUUUGCUUCUUCACCUUGAGGGACAACCCUUUCAUCCCCUUCUGGAAUGGCUUCCUCUCCCACGUCUUCGGGGUGUCCUCCGCGGGGGGGGAAGUGCAAAAUGCAUCUGCGCAAGGAGGCGAUUCUCUUUUAAAGAGGAGCAGGCGAUCACCCUACGUUGGGAGGGUAGUACAAAGGAGAGUGCCUCACAUCGGCGAGGCGAAGAACCGAACGAAUGGAAGACGCGAAGAAAUUCCCGAGUGGCAUUUUGAACUUAGUGGCAGGAAUUUGCUGAGCAUAGUCAAAUACACGUGUCUCUAUGGGGACCUCCACCCGGAGGUUCUGAACCCCUUGGCCAAGAAAAUGAAAAAAAUUUUUUUUGAAGUUCCCUUAGACACAACGCUACACGAGUGUGUGGAAAUUCUCUCCCUCUUUAACGGUACAAACGAGUUGGAGGGUAAGACGGAGGAGUUGAGGGAGAGGAUCCAUCUGUAUGAGCAUCAGUUUGAAGGAACCCUCCUGGUGACUCAGCACGAUGUGAAGUGCCUCGUGACGUUGGCAAGACUUUCCUUUGAGAGGCUAAACGUGAUUCCAUUUUUAAAAGUUUUUCUGAACAAUGUGCAUAAGUUUUCCGGGGAGGAUGCCGCGAGGUUGGUGCGUCUGCUGCUGGCGAGUUGGGGCGCCCACACGGGGGGGGGAGAGGACUUCUUAGGGGGAGAAGACCGUGUAGGGGCAGGCAGAAAUCACCUUUUGGAACCCCCCCCCUACGCCGCCACCCUCAUGAGGGGGCUCCUCUCCGCGCUGCUGCCCGCCUGCCCCGAAGUAAUCUCCCAGCUGACCUACGUCGAAAUGCUGCUCCUCUGUGGGGCGGUGGAAACACUUGCCCUGCCAAACAGAAACAUCCUCAAGCGUGUAGCCGAGAGGAUCUCCGACGAUUUGAAGAGGGUGAACGUCCCGAGUGGACACCUCCCCCCUGCCGUUGUGAACUACCUCUUUCUAAUCACCUUCGCAUUGCACAGGUAUGGAAGUUACGUGGGUGCCGAUUUGACUCGCCGCUUGGUGAAGAUCACAUUGGAGAGGGAGAAGGAGAGGAAGCAGGAGAAGAAGCUGUGGCAACACCAACGAAGGGACCAUUAUCCCUUUUAUUUGUUAACUCUACAUGGAGGGAGUGCUGGAGGAAGCGCCUCCAUGUGGGUAGAGUACUUCAAUUCCCUCUGGGGGAGCCUCUCCCCCUAUGGGCUGGAUGAGCAAACAAUGUACCUUCUCCUCUUACUCUAUUUUGGGGCGACUAAACGGGGGGGCUACCGCUCUUUGCUGCGUCCAGUGAAGCGGUCAGCAGCGAGGUGUGCCAGGUUGGAAGCCCUAGUGGUGGUGUCCCCCUACGACCGCCGCUUCAUCUACAGCGAGAAGCAAAUAAAGGAGGAACUGCUCAAACUGUUUCUACACCUGUGGGCAGCCUACCCAAUUAGAUCGUGCAGGAAAUCGCUCGACCUGUUAAUCGUCGUGAGUGCAUUUAGGGAGGAAGCAUACCUGCGGAGCUACCUAUUCAGUGAGCACGUGGUGAGUAGGCUUAACCGCUACGUAGCAUUGCUUGCCGUGAGGGAGAGCAGCCUCUCGGUGCACCUGUGCGAAGACCCAGUGACGAAGGAGCCCGUGCGUGUAAACCUGUCCAAGCUGAGGUACGCGUGUCAGCGGGUGGUGCGGAAGCGGGGGGGGGAAGAAGCCUCAGAUAAGGCAGAAGCGUCGGACGAAACGCAGAAGCUACUUGCCGCGAAGGCGCAGAAGCUACUUACCGCAAAGCAAUCGCGUGCAUGCCAACUGGAGGAGGCCACUCGAAGCUACCUACUAAACGACUACAAGCACAAGGAGCUCGUUGCCGAGCGGGGGGACGCCCCCCAGAAGGGGAGGCCCGCCAAGUACCUUCGGAACUGCAGGCGGGGGGAGCCGGUGCUGGGAGCCCUGUCCGUCUACGGCCAUCAGUAG